AUGUGCGUGUGGGUGCAGGCGGGCGAGCGAGCGGCUUCUACAGUGAGACCGAAGCAGGAGCUCAGCCUUCGCCUGCGACCUGCAAUCCCCAGAUUCCCUGAGGACCUCGAAACUCCCAAUCGGAGGUACUCCCCCCCCACAGCCGCCCACCCAUUCCCUCCCCCCUUACCUCAGCACGCAGCCCCUCCCUGCGUGAUGAUGCAAAACCGUGGGGAGGGUGGGCGCUGGGAAGGGUGGGGAGAGCCUGAGAGCGAGCGAGGGUGGGAGGGAGUGGGCGGAGGAGGAGAGGGAGCCGAACGCGCAUUUAAAGCGAUAGCCAUCCUCGCUCUCUCCCCAGUGCUGGGCUGUUGGAGAGCUCGAGCUGCAAGCCACCGAGCGCGAGCUCGAGCGCGGCGCGCUGGCCGGGGAACCCAAGAGCGCACGGCGCCCCAAGCUGGCAGGCGCCGCGGGACCCCCCACCCUCGCCGGCUGCCCUUCCCCGGGCGCCCCUACCCUCCUCGCCCGCAGGAGACCCUGGGCUUCCCCGGAGGAGCUCACCCCAAGGGGCCAGGACUCCGGCGAGCCCGCCACCGUCCCCUCGAGUGCCGCCGCCACCACCGCAGCCGCGGGAGCAGUAUGGUCCAGUUGGGGAAGCUGCUCCGCGCCCUGACUUUGAUGAAGUUUCCCUGCUGCGUGCUGGAGGUGCUUCUGUGCGCGCUGGCGGCGGCGGCGCGCGGCCAGGAGAUGUACGCCCCGCACUCCAUUCGGAUCGAGGGGGACGUCACCCUCGGGGGGCUGUUCUCGGUGCACGCGAAGUGUCCCAGCGGAGUGCCCUGCGGCGACAUCAAGAGGGAGAACGGGAUCCACAGGCUGGAAGCGAUGCUCUACGCCCUGGACCAGAUCAACAGCGAUCCCAACCUGCUGCCCAACGUGACGCUGGGAGCGCGGAUCCUGGACACUUGUUCCAGGGACACUUAUGCGCUCGAACAGUCGCUCACUUUCGUCCAGGCGCUCAUCCAGAAGGACACCUCCGAAGUGCGCUGCACCAACGGCGAGCCUCCGGUUUUCGUCAAGCCCGAGAAAGUAGUUGGAGUGAUUGGGGCUUCGGGGAGUUCGGUCUCCAUCAUGGUAGCCAACAUCCUGAGGCUUUUCCAGGUUGAUGGGCGCUACGGGAUAAGGAAAAGGAUGUGAAGCUCACUGAAGAGGCUUGGGUUGGGAGUGCUGGAGGAGUGUACAGGUAGGUUCUGAUUUUAAAUAGGGUAGUCAGGGUGGAUUUUAUAAGUUGACAUUUGAGCAAAGACUUGAAGUGAGGGAGUUGUCAGAAUGUAUGAUGGGGAGACCACUCCCUGGGAGCAAGAAUAACCAGUCCCAAAACUCUAAGGCAGAAAUAUGCCGGGCAGCAUGGAGGAAUAUCAAGGAGGCCACCCUGGCUGACUUAGUCAGUGGGGAGGAAGAGACAGCAGGAGGGCUGGAGGUCGGAUAUGUGAUGGGAUGGAUUGGGUAAGUCCUGGGAGGCCAUCACAUGCAUUGUGUCUUUUACUCUAAAUGUAGGCAGCCAGGGGCACGAUUUUAGCCAAGGUGUGGCAUGAACUGUCUCUUGUUUGAAAAGCAUAACUCUAUCUGUGGUCUUGAGGAUGUGGGGAGAGAGUGGAGUCAGGGAGAAUCUCGGGAGGUGACUACAGGAUCCUCGAGGUCUAUGUUGGUGGCCUGCACCAGGCUGCUAGCGGCUGGUAAUUCUCAGAAGUGGCACAUUGGGAAGGUUGUGACAGCAUUUCGUGGUAGAUUGAAUGCAAGAAUGGAAAGGAAGAGGGGGUCAAGGGUGAAUUCGAGAUGUAGGGCCUGGGGAACUGGAAAGGUGUGGUUACUGUCACCUAAGAUGGAAAAAGUUUGGGGUAGAGCAUGUUUGGGGGAUUAAAGACCAGUUUUGGAGGUAUAAGAUUUGAGAUGUUUUCGUGACGUCCAAGUAGAGAU